GAGGAGGAGGAGGAGGCGGAGAAGAAUGUGAGAGCAUGGAGGCAUCUGAUGAAGCAGAUUUUCUGUAGCAAGCCGAUUGGCCAAAUCAGCUCUUGAUUCUCUUGAGCUACUCAAUUGCAAUAGGUCAUCUGCAUUGGCCCUUUUUAGAUGAUUGUCUGCCAAAGGGCGAUAAGGAUCCAGCAGAAUGGGAUGACGGUGAAUCCUGCUGGUGUGCUGUGAAUGUGAAGCAGGAGGGACUGGCAGCUUGUGUGCAGGAGGGAAAGCGGAUCGGUCCAGAGCCCCUGGAUUAGCAGAAUAAGGAAAGGAGAGAAAGAAAAUACAGCUGAAAAAAUAAGAUAUAUUUCUCCAUCAAGAUUUCAACGGAGAAAGCCUGUCUACCUGGACUGUAAGGAGGUACCCACACAGACACAGAGACAUCCCCCAGGACUGGUGACACCAUUGUUCAGCCUUGCUCUUGCUGAGAAAGUUUCCAUACAACGCUGCAACAAUGAAUUUCCUCCGGCGGCGUCUCUCAGACAGUAGUUUUGUGGCAAAUUUGCCCAAUGGCUACAUGAUGGACUUGCAGCGCCCUGACAGCUCCACGAGCUCUCCAGUUUCUCCUGCCACGGAGAGAAAGCAUCCACAGCCACCUCAACCCUCGCACUCUUCCUCCACUGGCACCAGCAUCUUCAGCUCCAUCUCCAGUGCCAUGAAGCAAACCACACAAGCAGCUGCAGGACUGAUUGAUCACUCAGUCAGCCCCACACCACCUGUGGCCCAGAAACCCAAGAUCCUCCUGGUGAUUGAUGAUGCACACACUGACUGGGCCAAGUAUUUCCAGGGGAAGAAGGUGAAUGGAGAAUUUGAUAUCCGAGUGGAACAGGCUGAGUUCUCCGAGUUGAACCUGGCUGCUUACGUCAUGGGUGGCUGCAUGGUGGACAUGCAGGUCAUGAGGAAUGGCACUAAGGUGGUAAGGUCCUUCAAGCCGGACUUCGUCCUGAUUCGGCAGCAUGCCUACAGCAUGGCCCUGGGAGAAGACUUCCGCAGCCUCAUCAUUGGCCUCCAGUAUGGUGGCAUCCACACAGUCAACUCCCUCUACUCCAUCUACAACUUCUGCAGCAAGCCCUGGGUGUUCUCUCAGCUCAUUAAAAUCUUCAACUCGCUGGGUCCUGAGAAGUUCCCCCUCGUGGAGCAAACGUUCUUUCCAAGCCAUAAGCAGAUGCUCACAACUCCAAAUUUCCCUGUAGUGGUCAAGCUAGGACAUGCUCAUGCUGGAAUGGGGAAGGUCAAAGUUGAGAACCAGCACGACUUCCGGGACAUGGCCAGCAUAGUAGCCAUGGCAAAAACCUAUGCCACCACCGAGCCAUUCAUUGACUCCAAGUAUGACAUCCGAAUCCAGAAAAUUGGCGGCAACUACAAGGCUUACAUGAGGACGUCCAUCUCUGGAAACUGGAAGGCAAACACAGGUUCUGCGAUGCUAGAACAGAUUGCAAUGACAGAGAGGUACAGACUCUGGGCAGACGCCUGUGCGGAAAUGUUUGGAGGUCUUGACAUCUGCGCUGUCAAAGCUGUCCACAGCAAAGACGGAAAAGACUAUAUUAUUGAGGUGAUGGACAGCUCAAUGCCCCUGAUUGGGGAGCACGUAGAAGAAGACAGACAGCUAAUAGCUGAUCUGGUUGUUUCCAAAAUGACUCAGCUUGUCAUCUCUGCUGGAUCUACACCGUCACCGCUGAGGCCUUGGCCUCCACAAGUUCAGCCGGUGUCAAUGAAAUCUCAGACUGGACCUCAGCUUGGACAGCUGUCACAACCACGGCCUCCUCCCCAAGGUGGACCACGCCAGCCACAAGGGUCUCAGCCUACGCGAACAAACAUACCUCCACAGCAGCGGCUCUCUCCUCAAGGACAGCAACCCCAGAGCCCUCUGUCCACUUCCCCUCAACAGCAAAGGUCACCUGGAUCUCCACAGCAAGUCCGAUCAGCAACUGGGUCCUCUCCAGUCCAGGCUUCCAAGGCAGGCGCUUUCCCUCCACAGCAGCCUAGACCUCCUGCCCAAGGCCGGGCUCCAAGCCAGCCAAGCCCGACGGAAACAUCCAAACAGCAAGUUGCCCCACACCCACACCUGAACAAAUCGCAGUCCCUGACAAACACCUUCAGCAUAUCUGAAUCACCUCAGCGGGGAAAUGCCAGUGAAGACGAAGCAAAAGCUGAAACCAUCCGCAACCUGAGGAAAUCAUUUGCUAGCCUGUUUUCUGAUUAACAGUUCUGCAGGUGGAUCUGUGCUUUUGUCAGUCCUCACUCUACAUAAUAGCAUAUCUGAUGUCAUCCUGGAAUACACUCAGUGGAACCCAGCGACUUACAACUACCACCUGGGUAACGGGAAUUUAGAAAACUACAGUUGUUUUAAUACAAAGAAAAUAUUCUAAUAACAGUCUGAAAAGUGACUGCAUAAAAGUGUCACUACUUCAUUGUUUUUUGUGCAUAAUCAGAUCUGUUCAAAUGACUGAAUUGUAAAGCAAUUUUACUCUUGCUAACUUCUGCGGAGUCAACACAGUUAUGACAGUGCAAACUGGGUUUUAUUUUGAUUUGUACAUAGUCAAUACAAUUGCUAACUUCAAAUUACUGAAUUCUUGUUAAGGUUGACCUAAAAAACAUGGGCUUCUUUCAGAAACACAUAUGCAAAAGCAGAGUCAAGAAUAAGUAAGUACUCAUUGACUGAUAAAGUGAGCAUGUUUGAGCAUGGAAGUACAGUGAAUUGUGGAACUUUGUGAUACCAACUUCAUAAAAGGUCACUUUUCAGAGCAAAACUCCAAGUCCAAGUUAAAUAUGGUACCAGGCAUCAGUAAGCACCAAAGAUCACAUGAGCAGGUCAUCCGGAUGGACUCCUGGUUUAUUCCAGAUCUCUCUGCUCAUAGCAGAUAAAAGAUCUCUGUUUCAUGCCUUGCAUUUAUGUCCCCUGCACAUGAUUCCCAAGUUCUGAGAGAAAAACAUUGUGUUCUAACCCUGUAGCCUUAGCUCAAAAAUAACCUGAGAAAUGGGUCUUCCACAUAAAAAACAACUUCUUCCCCUGCCCCUGAAAACACCAGAGUUCACAUUCACAGUUCACACAAAUUCCAGACAAAACCCAGCUAAACUCCAAGCACUUUGGUGACUUGGUCACAUCUGGCUAAGCAUUUCCCUCAGGAACGUGCCUAAUUAAUAGCAGAGCUGAUGAAGUGCACAUACUUGUGUGCUGAGUGUUCCAUAAUACCGAAUGGACAGAGAUAUGGAGUGAAAUCCUGUCUCCCUCCCUGAACUCCCACUGACUUUGCUGGGGUGAAUGCAAAAUGAAUGCAAGGUGACAAAGCUGCAACAGAACAGGAAAAUUAUACUUCACAAAUAAGAUGAGCUGGGUCCAUCCAGAGACCAUCCAAGCCAUGGCAGGGUAUGUAUGGGAUUGCCCCAAGCAGGUCACAAUCAGUAUUAGUCCUCUCCACCCAUCUCUGAGAAUUAUUCUUCUGGAGAAGAGAGAGAUGGAUCUUCACCAGUGUGCUUUUUCUCUAAGCCUGCAACACUGAAUAGAAGCCAUGUAUGUGCCCAUAUAGUAGAACUUGGAUAUCACAAAACCCAGGAAUGACACAAGCUAUGUUCAUGAUUGCAAAAACCCACCCUGGGUAAAUCCAUGUAUUUACAGCUAUUUCUGCCAGGUGAGAACCCCCUUGCACCUUGUGAGCUCUGGUUAUAGUAUACCUAAUGUAGGUGUCAGUCCUCAACCCGCCUCCUCAAAAUACUGCUUCAAGGCCAGACUUGGCUUUGUGCUUCCCUUAGCAACUUCACCAUGAUGAUACUUAGGAAUGCCCAGGGAGGUCAGUAAGUUUUAAGUUAAAAAAAUAUUUCAGCCAGUGGCAUAGAUCUUUGCUGUCAAACCAGGAGAUCCCCAAAACAACAAAAGCAACAGCUGCAUUUGCCAUCUCGGAUCUUAUGAUUCACUGGUUGGAAUAAAGCCAAACAUGGAAAUCCUUCCUGCAUAGCACCUGUAAUGAACAUCUAAAUCCAAUGCAGUCAUCUGGACCUUGUAUGACCUACCCCUGAGCAGGUCUUUGCACAUAUAAUGGCAAGUAACAGCAUAGCUUUUCCAGGUUGGAAGUCUCUCAAGAGACACAUCUGGAUCAAUGAUUUAUACCUCAAGGCCAGUAUUACAGGACCACCUUACUCUCUGAUUAUUUGUUCCUGUUGUUAUUUUCUUCCCCAGUUCUGUGUUGUCCUUCAAGGUUUGCAAAGCAGUUUACAAUGUAGCAUCAUAAAUACAUGUCAUUGUCUGAGAAAAAAAACAGUCCCUGAUGUUUUGGAGUCUCUGGGAGCAAUAAAAGCGUGACAAAUGGGCUUGAGCAAGACUGGUCCCACUGGCAAGAAUAGCAGAUUAACAGGCUCCACUAUAUGGAGAAGAGGUAAUACAAUGCUGGCGGGAGAGGAUUUCCUUCUGUAACACUUCCCUCAGCAUGGUUUAAUGCCUUUCCCUACUAAAUGGUCACCAGAGAUGCAGAGUCAGAAAUAAAAGUUUACUGCCAGAAUCCUCAACUGUUCUCUCCCCUGAAACUCUUUAUGUCUCCCUUACCAACACAACAUAUACAAAAAAAGUAACUAGUGACUAGUAUGCCCCAUAAAUCGACCCCAGUUCAUCACUGAAACCACAACAGCUGGAUCAUUUGCUGAUGCCGCAUUUGAACACAGCAGGGCUGUCCUCCAAUGGACCACAGUGACAGGAUAGCACUGCUGACUUGAUACCUAACGGUGACUCAAGUCUCUUAAUUUGCCUACAGCUCCCAGCUGUCACCUUUCCAGCGACAAGCAAACAGAAUUGCAUCUCCCCUCCUCCUAGCUACAAGUACGAGCAACAGGCAUUGUCAGCUUAUCUUAGUUACUCCCAUAGUUCCUGAAAAGCAUCUUCAUUUCUAUUCAUAGAAGUGCUUUAAUGAAAACAGUGAGUUGAUUUCCUGAGUUAAAAUGAUGAAAAUCUACGCUGUGUCCUAUGAAUGUCCCAACAGUACACCUCAAGUCUACAACUAUGAUGCUCACAUACUAGAUGUUGUGGCUAGCAGGAGAUUCACAAAUGCAUCAUCCAAACCUCAGGUUGUCACCUUUGAUGCCAGGUUUCUAGUCCAAAAUCCCUACACUCCAACAAAGAGACAGAGGGAAUACAAGGGGUAUAUUCUCCAUUUAUAUGAAUGGAAAACUAAGGUAUACCCAAGAGGUAUUUAGCUACCAAAAUAUAACAGCUGGAGCUAGGGCAGUAAGAAGGCAACAGAAAAACUAGUAAAUAGAAGCUACAUUUAAAUCACAGGGCAGACAAGCCCCACAGCAUGCCUUGGGAUCUUUCUCACACAGCUGUGAAAACUGAGCACCUGGUCAGAGCUUUCUUUUGUCUUGUUUGCUUUAAUUUUCUUCACAUGGAAGCCAGGAAGCAUGAGUAGGUUUGUGUGUUUGGAUCCAACCCAAGAAGGAGCUGGUAGGCAGCUGACACCCACCCAUAUCCACCACCUGGAAAAUUAGUUUACAUUUUGCUGUUUAGAUACAAACUGAGAAACAUCUUGAUUUUCUUGUCAUAGCUAGGUGUGGUAUUUCAAGAGAAGUGUCAUUUACAUUCCCAGGCAAGCUAAGGUCCAGAAGAACAGCAGUCCUACUUGUAAAUGCAGAGUACUUUACUGUCUCCCACUAACCACAAGCAGGUACAUAAGACUUUACACCCUGUGUAUGGCUCAGCUGCUUCACAUCUGGUUGGGUCUAAGUUUCAUGAGUAAGAUAAAACAAUAAAUAGAAAAGCCAAGGAAAAUAGUUCCUUAUUUGCAAGUGACUCUUAGUAGCAACGUUAACAGUGUUAGGUACAGGUAAGAAAUGCCCAUCUUCAGGCAUUUCAUCUUUUGUGAUUUCUCUUUUAUAGAAGUUUACAACAGGAAUCACACACACACUUGACUUAGGAGCUGGCAAAUAAACAAAGCAAGCAGCUAGUUUUCAAGUAUUUCCUCUGUUUUGUCUUCUAAUUUUAUACUGUUGGCCCAAGAUAUUCACUUUAUAUUUCAUAUCCUGUUUUAUGAAUAACAGGAACUCCUCUUUAAGGAACUUGACAGUUCCGGGUAAUCAGGUUCUUUUAUCUUUGGCUCACAAUACCUUUACCACAAUGUGAAGGACAACAAAAAUGGGGAGGAAUAUCUUCAGGUCCCUUAGUGGUAUAUGUGUAAAAAGGCUGAGUUCGUGUCUUCAAAAAAAAAAAUAAAAUUCAAAUGACAAAAUCCAGGAUAAACUGAAUCUCUGGCAUCAGCCUGGCAGAAGUAUAACUUCACGGUUGUCUUCAUGGCAGACAGAGCCCAAUUCCAGAGAAGGACACGGCCUGCCAGCAGGGUAAGUCCCGCGAUUGUCAUCAAGGCAAUGGCCAUGAGAGUACCACUGGCACCACAAAACUGACUUAUCUCACGUGCACAGAGAUCAUUGUUCCCAGAAAUAACUUGAAAAAAAA